UCUUUUGCUUCAAGCAGUUUGAAGAACAUUGCAAGGAACAACACUUUUAAAAAGGCUUCUAAUACUGACAGCUACUAUACUGCCAAAAUGACAUCUACCUCGGCACAAUUUCGGCCAUCUGAGAAUGCCUGCAGAUCAUCACUUGAACCAGUUAAACAGGUACGACCAAAAUUGCCACUGCUGAAAGUUCUGCAUGCAGCAGGUGCUAAGGGUGAAACUUUUACGUUAAAAGAGUGUAUGAUCUAUCUUGGAGAGUACAUUGAGGGGUUGCUGGCAAUGGAUGACAUUAGGGCUAUAAAAUGGUUAUUACCAGGGAAGGUUUUUUCUUUCUUUACCUGCUGUCUAGAUGCUGCACAGACACUUGCUUUCACAAAGGAUCAGAGUGAGGAUAAUCCAAGUCAAGAUCGGCUGAAGCAGAAUAACAGAGAGAGCAGUUUCAGCACUGAACAGGAAGACCAUGAAGGUGAUUUAUCUUCCUUAAACCAUACAUACCAUAUAAACAAGGAGAAAGAAGAUGGUGUACUGAUAGAUAACCUUUCAAAAGAGCAAACCACAUUGGAUUUGUUGGUUGAAGAAUGGGAUGUAGCUGGCCUUCCAUGGUGGUUUUUAGGGAAUCUGAGAAACAAUUACAAGUCCAGAAGCAAUGAUUCAACAGAUAUACAUACAAAUAAGUUAGUUUUACUGCUUCUUUUCGUUCAGCAGGACAGUUGGCAGUGUAUCAAAUGCAAGAAGUUCAAUUCUCCCAUUAAACGAUAUUGCUUCCGCUGCUGGGCCUUAAGAAAAGACUGGUUCUCUGAUUGUCCCAGGCUAAUACAAUCAAUGUCUACAUCUAACAUUGCUACAAUUCACGGUAAAGAAGACCCGAAAGGCAUAGAUGUCCCAGAUUGCCGAAGGACAAUAUCUGCUCCAAUUGUACGUCCUAAAGACUUAUGCAGUUCAAUGGCAAAGCCCAACCUGUCCUCUAAAAGCUCCAUGGAUUCUUUGGAUCUAGCCUUGGGAUGUGAAGACAAAGAACCUUCUCUGCGGUUUGUUAAGUGCACAGAAAAAGAAGUGCAACCUCUUGAAAAUAGCAAAGAAUUACUGAAGCCUUGCCUUGUGUGCCUGAAGAGGCCGCGGAAUGGGAAUAUUGUCCACGGAAGGACAGCUCACUUGGUGGCCUGUUUCACUUGUGCAAAACGAUUGAAGAAAGCACGAUCAGUUUGCCCAGUCUGUAAAAAACAGAUUCAGAUGGUGAUUAAGACAUUCAUAACAUAGCUGUGUUAUUUGUUUGGAUACUAUGGACAUUUGGUAUUCAGCUGUUAUAAGAAAAUUCUGCAUGCUAAGAGUGUAUUGUUCAAGGAAAGUAAAUAAUAUAUUUUAUUCUGAACUUACGAAAGGAAUAAUUUAUUUCUCACCAUUAAAUAUAACACAAAAACAUAUCUCAUGAAUCUUAUUUCUCAGCCAUUUCAAUUUUGGAAGACAGCUGGAAUAAAUUGGAAUUUUAAAAGUUACGUUUGGAAUCACAAUCAAAUUUUGUUCAUGCUUAGACCAUAUGAUAACUGUAAGUUAAGUAAUAUGUGUAAAGAUGUCAACUGUAAAAUCAACAAGUCUUAUUGCUGAAUGUUGCCAGUAUGUUUUUUUCUUAUCAUUUCUAAAGCGCACAAUUAAUAUUUCUUUGGAGUUUUUUGCACUGUCUUUUUAAGUAAACAAGAAAUUUUUGGAUAUGUGAAAAAGCUAUAUAGAUGAUAGGUUUGUAUCCUAUUAUAAAUUAUAGAUAUAUCAGUUCAAGGCCUUAUUUAAACAUUGCUCUUUACAAAAUCUCUGUUCAGGAGCUGAUGUCCCCAGAUCUUUUGAUGUUCCUAUAAUAUUAACUUAAGUAGUAGAACAUUCUACAUUAAAACUGUGAAAUUUCUCUCUCAAAAGAGAGAACAGUUGAUGCUCACUGAAACAAUGUAUAUAAAGUGGCAGUGGACUUUUGAAAGUUUGAAAGUAGCACAGUAUUUCUCCAUAGAGAAAUGCAUUUUUCCUCUAUUGCUCACAUGGAAACUUAAUUUAUUUUUAUUCUUUCUGAUUACCUUAAGCCAAAUGUAUAUUAAGUUGCUUUUUGCUGCUUCCAUGUUCUAAGUCCUUUUCUGUUGGAAGACAGUGAUACCGUGACUUUGAUUUUGGGAAGUAAACAUUGUUUCCAUCAACUCUUAAGUUUCCAUCAACUCUUACUAUAUGCCUUUGCUGCAUAUUUUGUCAAGGUGCUGAACUGGUGAAUGGUAGAAUGGGAUGUGAUCUCAUAGACUCAUCUUUGAAAUAAAGUUGUCAUUUAAGAAAGAUCCUUACUGUAUGCACAAUAAAAUAUCUAAAGAUUUA